UUAACGUACCAGGCUAGAGAGUAAUCAUGGAAAGAAGGCCUACAGAAGAAAACAUAAUCCGGCUGUACACAGCAGCAAUGGAGGGUGAUGCAGACACAUUGGAAAGAUUGAUCCAAAAUGACCAAUGCAUUCUCAACAAAGUUUCACUCACCUCCUUCUCUGAAACACCCUUGCACAUAUCAUCUUUGCUGGGUCAUCUUGAUUUCACCGUAACCAUCCUAAGAAGAAACUCUAAAAUGGCUAUGGAGCUCGAUGCCAUGAAUCGCUCUCCACUUCAUUUGGCUUGCGCUGAGGGACAUACAGAAACUGUCAAAGCUCUGUUAGGUGCAAACAAUGAUGUUUGCUUGAUUCGUGAUCAAGAUGGUAGAGUUCCACUUCAUUUAGCCGCCAUGAGAGGCCGAGUAGAGAUUAUAAAACAACUGGUGAGUGAACGACCUGAGUCCACUUCAAUGGUGCUUGAUGGAGAUACAGUUUUGCACUUGUGUGUAAAAUAUAACCAUUUGGAGGCUUUGAAGUUGUUGGUGAGUUUUGCCUGUCAUGAUGAUGAGCUCCUCAGGGUAAAUGAAGAUGGCAACACCAUUUUGCAUUUAGCUGCUAUCCUGAAGCAGUUAGAGACUAUAAAAUACUUGCUUUCAGUAUUUGGAGUAAAAGCUGGAGUAAACACCUUGAACAAAAUGGGUUACACAGCUUUGGAUGUUCUAGAGCAUAGUCUCUGCCAAGACUUUUCAAGCUUGGAAAUUCGAAAACUUUUGAUGGAAGCUGCUGCUAUAAGAGCUAUGGACCCAAAUAAUCUCCAACCAAAACCAACUAUUGCAGCUAUAGUGUCUCGCAGUAAAGUAUCAACGGCAAAAACAUGGUUUAGAAAAUUCAAUAAGUACUUAGAAUACAAGGGUGAUUGGAUAGAAGAAACCAGAGGAUCCCUCAUGAUAGUAGCAACAGUAAUUGCAACCAUGACUUUCCAAGUAGGAAUCAACCCACCAGGAGGUGUCUGGCAACAAAAUACUACAAGCAGCAGCGAAGGUUCCUUUUGCAGCAGCGACAAUGUGUGCCGAGCAGGAACUUCAGUUUUUUCAUACAAUCCUGGAAUUUCCUACUACAGGUUCUUGACUUUUAAUAGCAUUGCAUUUGUUUCAUCUAUCAGUGUCAUCCUUCUACUUGUGAGUGGAUUUCCUCUCAAGAAUAAACUCUGCAUGUGGCUGUUGACGUUAGCCAUGUGUGUCACAAUCUCGUUUGCAGCACUUACCUAUUUAGCCUCCCUUGAAAUGGUGAACCCAUAUCAGCAAUGGGAUAAUUAUGUGUAUAUGUAUUAUAUUCAAAGGAGAACGAUUGAAAUAUGGGUUGCAUUGCUGAUUGUAGUUGGUGCUAUUUACACAACUCACUUCUUGUCUUGGUCUGCCAAAAAGUUGCGAGGUGGUUUGCGUUGUAUGUUACAGAGAUUCAGACAGAAGCAGCAGCAAACAAGUUCUCCAAGGGGGCAGGACAUUAAUAUUUAGAAAGUAUACAUUUGUGAAUCCUUUGUCAUGGCAUAGAUGAUCUUUAUUUGACCUAACCAUAGAGAAAACGCUUUAACCCAGGUAGUGAUGAAUUUCGAAACAUGAAAUAUGUAGUUUUGUAACAGCUAUUAAUAUUGCUUUGGUUUCAAUUAUUCUUGA